UGUUUACAAUCGAGGCCUGGCACGUGGGAGAACCUUCGUGGGUUUCGGGUGUUUCUCCAUUUGCUGGUGUGAAUUGAGUGGUGGCAGUGUUUCGUGGUGUUUGAAUAGCUUAGCCACUUGAUCUCCUAGCCAAGAUGGGGAAGCUAAAGGUGGCGAUGCUGAGGUACCUCGUGAGGGAUGACUUCCGAAUACUGACAGCAAUUGAAAUGGGCAUGAAGAACCAUGAACUUGUGCCCAUCACUCUCGUCACUCAGAUUGCCAACUUGCGUGGUGGUGGUGUGCACAGGAUGCUCAGGGAACUCUGCAAGCAUCGUCUCUGUGCAUAUGAACGAGGAAAGCACUAUGAUGGAUACAGAUUGACAAACAUGGGUUAUGACUACUUGGCCCUGAAAGUGCUUUCAUCCCGAGAUGUCUUAGGCUCUGUAGGCAGCCAGAUUGGUGUUGGGAAAGAAUCUGAUAUUUAUGUCACCAGUGACCCAAUUGGAAAUCCACUCUGCAUGAAACUACAUAGGCUUGGGAGAACUUCCUUCCGCAAGCUGAAGGAAAAGCGUGAUUAUCAUCAUCACAGGAAUAAGGCCUCUUGGAUCUACCUAUCUAGGCUGUCAGCCACUAAAGAGUUUGCUUACAUGAAGGCCCUCUAUGACCGAGGGUUCCCAGUACCAAGACCAGUGGAUUGCAAUAGACACUGUGUGAUUAUGGAGAUUGUGAAUGGUUAUCCACUGUGCAACGUGCAUGAUGUAAAAGACGUCCCUCAGCUUUACAGCGAUCUAAUGGACCUGAUCGUGAAGCUGGCCAGCCAUGGUGUCAUUCACGGGGAUUUCAACGAGUUCAACAUCAUGGUGGAUGAUGACGACAAGCCUGUGCUGAUUGAUUUCCCUCAGAUGGUGUCAACUGACCACGAAAAUGCCAAGAUGUAUUUUGACCGUGAUGUGAACUGUGUACGUGAAUUUUUCAAGAGAAGAUUUAGCUAUGAGAGUGAGCUGUAUCCUGAAUUUGAGGUAGAUGUUGUGAGGGAGGAUAAUCUGGAUAAAGAGGUAUCUGUGAGCGGAUUCUCGAAAGAGAUUCAAGAGUUCAAUGAACAUUUCAAUGUUGGGAAAGAUUUUGACACGACAGUCGCAUUGAUGAUAGUUAUGAAAGCGGUAAUGAAGGAGAGAUACCAUACCUUGAGGAAGAGGAAGCCUCUAAGGUACAGGACCAGACCGAGACAACAAGCCUUAAAAAAGAGGAACUUGCCAGGUUGCAAGAUGAGGUAGACACAUUGUGUAAGGAGCUAAAUACAGAGAGAACUUUUGACAAUGGUGAAAAUGAUGAGGUAUUGGAUAUGAAUGUAAAAGAGCAAAAUAUUGGCAAGGAAGAAGAGAAAGAAGUUGAAGAGGCUCCGUCAGAAGUAAGUGAGAGACACUCCAGACGAAAGAAGGGGAAGGAUGCAGACCGAGAGGCGAGGCUGCUCUUCAUAAAGCAGUUGGCCAAGGCCAGAGAGUUACGUCAGCACUGUGAAGAAAAUGGGGAAGAAGCCCCACCACUUGAAGACAUGAUAGAUGACUCAAUGAGUGACAUACACAGUGUCCGCAGCUUUUCGACAACAGCAAGCACCAUAGAGCCAGAGGAGGUUAAACGGCGAAUGCAGAAGGAUCUUACAAGACGGGAAAAGCAGCAGAUUUCCAAAAAGAAUUUGAGGGUGAAGGGAGAAGCAAAUGCAUACAGGAGAUCCAAACUGGCAAACGCAGCCACAAUCAAAGAGUCAGUGGGAUGGGAUGAGUAUUAAAUGAAUUAUAAGUUUAAAAUAAACUAUACUACACAAAAUCUUAGUUUUCAAAAUCUAG